AAAUUCAGCCCUGGACUUGAGGAAAAAAUAAUGUUUGCAAACAUAAGAAGCUUGUGUGUUCUGUAGUUGUAUUGGCUCCAUGUGUGUAGGAGAAAAUAAUGAUGAUACCGUGAAGGAUUGUUUUUCCCAACCACAAAUGAAAACUUAAAAUUCAGCAGAGUGGAAGGGACGUCCCCCAAACUGACAGUGUCUAUUAGUGCACACACGUAGGUGUAUUUCUCAUAGUAAUUAACUCCCAGAAAAUAAUGUAUGUGGCUGGGGAAUGGCUCUGGUGCACUUAGUUAGAAAUGCUGGUGUCCUUCAGCAGUUCUGUUCCAAAGGUGCUUCUAGAAAUGGUAUCUCUUCCUUUUGGGUGCCUUCAUCCAUCGUGGCCUGUUAGAAUAGUGGAGUUAAAAUGAGCUAGCAGGUAUUUUAGAUUAACUGGCAGGAAUAAAAAAUGACCUGAGGUAAGGUAGAUAAAGCUAAAUGAUAUUCAGAAGAUAAGUUGAUUAAAGUUGACUUAUUUAAAAAAACCGGCACAUAAAUCUCCCCUUUAACUUGAACUUGGUGCUUUGGGUAGCGAUGGCCUUUAACCAUUAGAUUUCUGUGUAUUGUGUUUGCUUUUCCGGGGCAGAAGCAAUGUGAUCGUUGAGCACUUUCACUUUGGAGUGUGCCGAAGUAUUGGGGUGAGAAGAAGAGCUGCACUUCAUUCUGCUCAGCCCGAGCAGGUUCUGUGCUGGAGCUGAUGCAGCUGAUGUGUUGUGAUUGCUGCUAAAUAUCUUCCUGCCCUAGAAAGAAGAGGGGCCACUUCUGAGUGCAACAUGCCCCUUAUGGCGCUGCUGGCGAGCUGUGUCCAUGGCUGAGCCCUGCAGCACUUGGCAGCACCGUGUGCUGUGCUGGAACCCGGCUGCACGCCUCCAUCUCAGCUUUGAGGCUUCAGCUGCUCUGGGCAGCCUCUGCUUGGACAGCUUGUUCUCACAGUGUCACAGUCUGUGUAUCGGAUGAGAAGUGAUGAAAGGAACAGGAAAAUGCACCGAGGGAUAAAGACAUGCAUCAAUUUGAGGAAGAAUUAACUUGCUCCAUUUGCUAUAGCCUGUUUGAAGACCCACGCGUCCUCCCUUGUUCCCACACCUUCUGCAGGAGCUGUCUGGAAGGUGUUAUUCAGCUGUCAAGCAACUUCUCCAUUUGGAGACCCUUGAGAGUUCCUCUGAAGUGCCCGAACUGCAGGAGCGUGGUUGAGAUUCCUGCCGCCGGCACUGAGUCGCUGCCCAUCAACUUUGCUCUGAAGGCCAUCAUUGAGAAGUACCGCCAGGAGGAUCACUCUGAUGUCACCACCUGCAGUGAGCACUACAGGCAGCCACUGAACGUUUACUGCCUUCUGGAUAAAAAGCUAGUGUGUGGCCAUUGCCUUACGAUAGGAAAACACAACGGUCAUCCCAUAGAUGACCUUCACAGUGCCUACCUGAAGGAGAAGGAGUCGUCUGGGAAAAUCCUCGAGCAAUUGACUGAUAAGCACUGGUCUGAUGUAUGCUUGCUUAUUGAAAAGCUGAAAGAACAGAAGUCUCAGUGCGAAAGCAUUGUUCAAGAUGAUAAAAAAGUAGUGGUCCAGUACUUUAAGAAACUUAGUGAGACACUGGAGCAUAAAAAACAAGUUCUGCUGGCUGCACUGGAUGAAAUCAACAGACAGAUUCUGGAGGAAUAUGAACCUCACAUUGAGAAGCUGAAAAAAAUACGGGAAGAGCAGCUUGAAUUGAUGUCACUGAAUACUUCUAUUCAGAAAGAAGAGUCUCCGCUUGUUUUUCUUGAGAAGGUGGACAAUGUGCAUCAACGUAUAAAAGCCCUGAAAGAGAAGGAACUGCCGGACGUGAAACCUGUUGAGAUUUACCCCAGGGUUGGGCACCUGCUGAAGGAUGUGUGGUCUAAAACCGAGAUUGGUCAGAUCAACAAGAUCCUGAUCCCGAAAAUAAAACUGGUUCCAAAAAGGAAAGUACCCAGCAAGAGCAGCGAAAAGGAAAGAGGGAAACCUGAAGGAGCUCUCCAGGCUGCAAAUCCUCUAUCAGUCACCUUCAUUCUUACAGUAAUAAUAGCAAUAGCCGUGCUCUCAUUUCACAAACCAAUAGCAGCGGUUGUCAUUGAAUCCAUUCCCACCUCUAUUUCAGAUUCCUUGUUCCUAAUUUAUCAAGACUUCUGCACCUGUUUGCAGAACACGGUGGAUGUGGUGUGCCACAAACUGAAUUUACUGGUGGAGUUUGUAGGGGGAAUUGCUCCUUUUUGACUGUCCCUGUGAUGAGAUUUUAUGUCAAAAGCACUGCGAUGUCUUUAUAGUUUCAGUUUUAAAGCCCAGUUGUUAGAACUGUGCUUUUCCUUUCUUUUCCCAUACCCUUCCUUUUUCAGUAUAGCUUUCCUCUCAGUUGACGUUCAGGCAAAGGAGGUGGUUUACAGUGAAAAGGUUUUUCAUCUGCCCAUGCAGUGAGGGAGGUAAGUAGGUGUCUAAACUGGAAACCAUCAGGAACAGCUUGUGUGUAAGAAAGCUGUGAUGGGUUUACAAACUGUAACCUGGAAGAGAGCAAUCUCCAGGUUGUAACAACUUAAAAGUAGAUGUAAAACAUCUACUUUUAACAAAAUAAUUUUUAAUAAAGCAGCACGACAGACAGGUGAAAGGUUUUUAAAAGCACCCAACCGCUCCAUGGCUGCUCCUAGACAGGGCAGUAUCUCGGUCUGGUGUGCACAGAGCUCUGCUUUUGCAUUUUAUUGAUCUCUUUUUAAUUGAUAUGGCCGUAGUCUUUAAGUUGUGUGUUAAUGGACCUGGAUUUCAUUUGGUGUGUUGUUUGCUGGUGAUAUGAUGCUGUUUACAGAGCAGUGUCUGUAGUUCCUGCAGUGAAGUACUGCACACCAGUUGUAGCACCAGCUGUGCACAAAUCAGGUAUUGACUCCAGCAGGAAUUUUCACUGCUCAGAUGAGCCUUGACUUCAUGCUGCAAGAUUUAGUGUGCAGUGAAAGUAGACACAUACUGCAGUAAGUACCAGAACUCCCUUCAAAGUGAGUGCUGUAGGGAUUUCAGAUGUUACCAAGAGUCCUUAAACAACCUGACAAUGAGUGUAAAUUUAUUUCCAGCCUUUCAGCACAAAUGAUGGAGACCUUUAACUUGAUGCAGAAGAAAAGCCAUAAUAGCAUUUUGUUCUGCAGCCAAAUAAUGGGUAACGUGGUGAGGUACUGAACUGCUCUCAGUGGAAGAACUCACAAUGGAAGCAGAUUUUGACCUGCAGUGAUUUACAGAUUGAUUACAGACUGGAAUAAUUGUUAAGUGUUGCGGUUAGAACAGCAGAACAUAGAUAAGUUAACAAAAAUGAGUGUAUGUCUAAUUUUGCCUCAAUGCAAAUAAUAGCACAUUCUAGCAUAGCAGCAUUCCUUGGGUGCUUUGUUAUUUAAAGCUACUCAAGUUGUUGAACUAGUGAUGUCAUUGUGAGGGCAGCCUUUCACAACGUGGUGUUUAAAACCCUUGUGCAAACCCAGGCCUCCCCGCUGCUACCGGCACAAGCUGCUGGGGGGUCCUGCAGAACAGCAAGUGCUGCCACUGACAUCAGUAAGGGCUGAGAGCUGCUGAUGUGAGUGAAAUGUCAGUGGGAAGCGGUGCUGCAGAGGAGCUGACCUCUGCCCUGCUUGGCUAUGCUCUGUACUUGUAGCAUUAGCAGUGGCAAAUGCCAUUGAUGCUGCUGGUUGGAUCACAAAAUCAUGUGUAGGCACAGCCUAGGACUGGUAAGUGCCCAAUAAAACUGGACGAGGGUUCUGUCUCCAGCCCUGCUGGGUGGCUGCCAUCAGGCGCGUUAAGUCUCACUACCUGGUGCUAUGUCUGCUGCCACACAAACCUGCUGGGUUUGACCUAUCUGCUUUUUUUUAUUUUCAUGACUUUUACAAUUAUGGAAAAUUUAUAAUGCAGUUUUAUUUUUCCAGAUGACGUGAAUUUAUAAGAUGUCUUUAUCACUGAUUGAUAGAAGCAUUUAGUACUCGUACUCAGCAGUGUACUAUAUAUUUUAAUAAAUUUGCAUAUUCUUACCUUAGAGCUGA